AUGAGUCACAGCAUUCAUCUUGUAAAUGAUGAAGUUUUGGAGGAAGUUCCAGGGAGGCAUCACAGAGUCAUCAGGUUUUCCAUCCAUCCAUCCAUCCAUCCAUCCAUCUUUUUCCAACAGAAUGUCACCUCAUCAGCAGCCACAUCAAACUUGUUCCAACCAACAGAAUGUCACCUCAACAGCAGCCAGAUCAAACUUGUUUCAGCCAAAUGUCACCUCAUCAGCAGCCACAUCAAACAUGCUCCAACAGAAUGUCACCUCAACAGCAGCCACAUCAAACUUGUUCCAACAGAAUGUCACCUCAACAGCAGCCACAUCAAACUUGUUCCAACAGAAUAUCACCUCAACAGCAGCUACAUCAAACUUGUUCCAACAGAAUGUCACCUCAUCAGAAGCCACAUCAAACUUGUUACAACAGAAUGUCACCUCAACAGCAGCUUCAUCAAACUUGUUCCAACAGAAUGUCACCUCAACAGCAGCUUCAUCAAACUUGUUCCAACAGAAUGUCACCUCAACAGCAGCCUCAUCAAACUUGUUCCAACAGAAUGUCACCUCAACAGCAGCCAAAUCAAACUUGUUCCAACAGAAUGUCACCUCAACAGCAGCCAAAUCAAACUUGUUCCAACAGAAUAUCACCUCAAAAGCAGCUUCAUCAAACUUGUUCCAACAGAAUGUCACUCAACAGCAGCUUCAUCAAACUUGUUCCAACAGAAUGUCACCUCAACAGCAGCUUCAUCAAACUUGUUCCAACAGAAUGUCACCUCAACAGCAGCCAAAUCAAACUUGUUUUAGCCAAAUGUCACCUCAACCGCAGCCUCAUCAAACUUGUUCCAACAGAAUGUCACCUCAACAGCAGCUUCAUCAAACGUGUUCCAACAGAAUGUCACCUCAACAGCAGCCACAUCAAACUUGUUCCAACAGAAUGUCACCUCAACAGCAGCCACAUCAAACUUGUUCCAACAGAAUAUCACCUCAACAGCAGCUACAUCAAACUUGUUCCAACAGAAUGUCACCUCAUCAGAAGCCACAUCAAACUUGUUACAACAG